CAUGGUGACUACUUUUGUGCUGCGCGCCGCUCUGCUGGUGGUGGUGAUGCUGGCGGUGGUGUCCAUGGUGGCGGCCCACCCUGAGCCCGGGUAUGGCAGGGGUCAUGGUGGCUAUGGGUAUGGUGGCCACGGCGGAGGUCAUGGUGGAUAUGGCUACGGCGGAUAUGGUGGCUACGGCCAUGGCAGAGGACACGGCGGUUAUGGAUAUGGUGGUUAUGGUUACGGACGAUGAACAGGAUAAAACAAGUAGGAUAUGGAAUAACUACCUGAAUAAAUGAAUAUGAAAUGUAAA